AUGGACAGGAUUGAGGGGCCCACAGGGCCACAUGGAGUGUCAAAUCAGCUGGAGAAAGAAACGGCUUUCGCCAUCCGGGUGAUCAUCCAAGCGCAGGUCGCCACCCUCCUGGCGAACUUCUCCAUGAUGUGGCACAUAACCUCUUGGGGCAUAGCUUUGGUGACCCAGACCCGGGGCGGGUUCCAUGCCUACUUGUAUGGCGUGAUUGCCGACACCAUGGGAAACACGAUAGGCCUCCUGCUGCUCAUCAGCAGCUCCCUUCGUUUCCCUCUUGCGGAGCCAAAGCAGAACGCAGCAAGAGAUGCCGAGGACGAUUCCGCGUACCAACGUGAGCAUUACCUUGGCAGCACCAAGAUGCUUGCGGCUUCGGGACCGCCAGAGCCGCCAGAGCCAGAUGCAGGGGCGCUUUCCGAGAGAAGCGCCUGGGAGCGGAAAGUGAAAGAGUUGGCUUCUCGGAGGAUCUCUGCAGGACAGCUUUUGGAUUUUUACGCCCGCCUCGGAAGGCAAGAGGAUCUGAUGCCACAUUUCGACCCAGCGAAGUCCACAACCAACGACGUGGUGCGUCAGGCCAUUAUCCCGGAGUCUCGGCUCAACAACCUGGGCAGCUCCUUGGCCGAGGUCUUCCAGCUCCGGCUUCGCAAAGGUGCCCCCCGCAUGGUGACUCACCACUGGGCCAACCGCUUCCGAGACCUCGUGGCCGUGGUAUUGGCUGAUGGCCUCGGUCUGAGGCGCUGGGACCACCUGGCAGAAGAGCUGUCUAACGGGAAGGAAGAAGAGAUAAAAGCCCGGCUGCACGCCCAAGGAUCACUAGGCAUUGAAUACUGGAUAUGUGCCUUCUGCAUAAACCAGCACGCUAGCAUUUGCGCCAGCUCCAGGGGCGUCGUCGACACUGUUACCGGUGAGGAACUGCCCUCCUGUGACUGUGCUACGCCGAAGUUCUUCAAUGACAUGCCGAUUCAGUGUGAGCUCAACAAGUUCGACGACAUGAUGGCGCAUCUGCACCGAAGCUACAAGCACGGCUUCCUUCAGGUGGUAGCGGUUGAUGAGGGCUUUCAGGUCUUUUCUAGGGCUUGUUGCCGCUUGGACCAGCGGGUGGUCCUCCAUUCGCCCGAGGCGCUGGAGCAACACUCCGGGCAGCUCGUCUCCCUGAAAGUGGAGAAUUGCUCAGCCUCCCGGCCCGAAGACAAGCAGGCGAUCCUCUCGAAGAUCGGCGGAGCCACAGAGAUCGCGCAGUUCAAUGCCACACUCCAAAACCUGCUGCUGGGUGCUCAGGGUCUCCUGGCGGGGUGGUUGGACGGCCAGCAGCUUUUGCAGGAGGUGGGCGCCAUCGCUGCCCGUGCUCGGGCACGUGGAGAAGCACGGGCCAGCCACCCAGAAGAUCCAGAAGCAGCAGAAGAAGACUAUCUAGAAAUCUAG